AUGGCACCACCAGCACGAGCCCUUUUCUCCCGUCAAAGAUUAAUCCUCGGUACCGUACUCGGUGGCGGAGCUCUCUUCGUCAGUAUGAAAUGGAAAGCAGUAAUGCAAAGAAGUGAAGCGGCAAAGAUCGCUGGAUCACCACGAAAUUUCGCUGUUGCUGCUGGAAGAAGUGGUGGAGGUAUUUGA